CUCACGCGUUUACAAACGAGGUGAGCACACUUUGUUUACAAGCUGACCGUCUUCUGUAUCUCCGGUCGGCGGUGUUGCUGCAUUGUGCUCGGUUUUGCGUGUCCGCCGCCGCGGUUUACAGUUCCGUGGACCGCUGGAUCGGCCUUUCUGGUGGCCGAAGAGACCUCCUGAAACUUUCGUCGCGAGAGAAAAAAGGAGACGCGUGUUGUUAUGGCCGCGGGCGACGUCAACUCGGAGAUUCUGCGCAAGCAGCUCAUGGUGAACCAGAUGGUUAACGCCGUGGGCUGUACUCCCGAACAAGCCACUACCAUUCUCCAGCAAGCCCAGUGGCACUCGGACGCGGCGCUGAGUCUCUUCUUCAACGAGAACGCGAUUCUACCACAGGUGUCAGCGGCCCCUCCCGUCCACCCUGGCCCGGGCAGGAGCUCUUCAGGAACUUCAGCUGGCAGUGCCCACUCCCUUGGGAUGAGAGUGGCUUCAUAUGCUGUCCCGACCAAUACUCCAGCCACCCCACCUCAACUGAUGGAGACUCUACAGCAGUUUGAAAGGAUGAAUACGUCGAGUCCCUCCGGGGGCGGGGAAUUUUUUGAGCCAGCUAUAGUCAAGUGUCGUACAAAGGCCGGAGAACGCUGACGCACAGUGUGUCCCUGGCCUCUCCUUUCCUUCUCUGCUAUAUUAUAUAUAUAGAGAGAGAGAGGAGGAGUGUGAGACACAUGUGAUUUAGGAGUAAUUUGCCGCUUGCGAGUGUGUACCAGUGGUCUCUAUAAACUAUCGUCUUUUACUCUGAAUUUGUGUAUAGGGCUAUUUCACCCUGUAUGUCCGUGUAUGUUAUAGCUAGUCCCAUAGGCUUUGUAAUAUAGCUGUAUUAUGACUGUCUACGUGUUAAUUGUGAGUGUUUUGGCCAAGUGCCAGGCUCUGUAUUGUUGUCUGUAUCAUGUCUCCAACUGUUGUGUUUGUAAUCAGGGCAUUCACCUCAUAUACCGCAUUAGUUUUGCAGCAGACUCUGUUUUGUAGCAAUGUUUCCAUCUACGUCAUGUGUUAUCAUCUUGUCUUUAUUCCGAACUGUAUUCAUAGUAUAUUGGAUACUUGUAUAUAGAGCCUGUUUCAAUUGCUUCUGAUCAAGGCUGUGAUGUAUUUAGAGCUGAGCUUGUUUACAAUGCUUUCUCAUUAUAGUGGUUGCUACGGUGACCUGGGGAGCAAACGUCACCAUGACUACACAGCCACGUAAACAGUGCAUGGAAGCGGUAGUUAGUGGCCGCUGUAAUAAAAACGCUCGCUGCACCGUAUAUAUACGUUGAAUUUAUGCGAUGCAAAGGACAUGCAGUGAAUCAUGCUGAUGUGACUGAAUAAGCAGAGUUAGUCU